AUGAAUUUGUUAUUAUUUCUAUUGCAUACUAAUUCAAUAUCGACUACCUGUCCAUCAUAUGAUCUAUUGAAACCGUGUUACUGCCAUACAGGUCCUGUAGAUAAUAAUAAUCGUAAUAAUAAUUGUCAUAAAAAUWACAACAAAUCAGAUAACAUCUCCUAUGAUUGUCAGACACCUGUUAUUACCUGUGCUGGUGAUCAACAUUUCAAUGUUAGCCAUACGUUCAAUAGGGUGGCCGCCAGUAUAGCCGACGCCCGGGAUCGACAGUUUAAUUGGCUAUAUUURUCCAAUWCGGCGAUCACCGAAUUGGAGGCCAACUCACUGGGAGGACUGGGUUUUACAAACAUAUACAUACGCCAGUGUACGGGACUCAGACACAUAGCUCGCCAGGCAUUUAGCGGAUCGGAACCGUAUGUACGGCACGUGUGGAUCAAUGCUACCAAUCUGUCCGAUGAUCCGACAGCCAAACGUCAGACAUUCAGAGCCCUAAACAGUUUGACAGCCAUGCGAUCGCUGGAAGUGAUGACCAGCGGCUAUACGUCUAUACCGGGCAAAGCGUUUAACCAGUAYUCGGAUGUUCGCACAGUUAGCUUUCAUAACUACGCGGACAGACAACGRCUGGAAACUGUGAAUUCGUAUGCUUUCUAUGGUCUGUCCGAACUACGGCACCUACAGCUACAACACAAUCGCCUAUCGACUAUCAGUUCCUAUGCGUUUGCAUUUCGCCAGUCGGCCAACCAUACGGUACGCAUACACUUAGAGGACAACCGACUCGGUUCGGAUAGUUUUACCAGCAAAUCGUUUAUCGGYGGWAACGGUCGGCGAGUSAUACUGUAUUUGGGCGGUUAUAAUGAAUGUAAUCACCGGCUAAAUCGUUUGGAUCGGGAAAUAUUUGAACCGUUUCUGMGGGAAAAUCGUCGCAAUGUUAUUGAACUGUACGGCUGUCCGAUCGAGUGCGACGAWCGGUCACUUUGGAUSGAUAGUAAUGAUAAUAGUCGGCGACGACACGAAAACGGGAUCAUUUACUUUACCGACGUAUACGGCACUUGA